AUGGCCUCCAAUAUUUCUUCGUCUCCAGCCCUCACCUUUGAGCUCAUCGCUCGUUGCUCAACAACAAGAGCCCGAGCAUCCACAGUCACGCUCCCCCAUGGCCCGGUGCAACUGCCCAUGUUCAUGCCUGUUGCGACUCAGGCGUCGCUAAAAGGCAUCACACCUCAGCAGCUCGAAGAGACGGGCUGUCGACUAUGCCUGAACAACACAUACCACUUGGGCCUCAAGCCCGGCCAGGAGGUCUUGGACGCGGUUGGGGGAGCGCACAAGCUUCAAGGCUGGAAUUUCCAGAUGGUCAGCCUGCUCAAGCUGGCCAAGAUCACAGAAGAGGGCGUGCGGUUUCUGAGUCCACACGAUGGCUCGCCGAUGCUGCUGACCCCCGAGCACUCCAUCUCUCUACAAAACACAAUCGGCAGCGACAUCAUUAUGCAGCUCGACGAUGUGUUGGUUACGACGUCUCCCGAUGCGGCACGAAUGCGUGAGGCCAUGGAGCGCAGUGUGCGAUGGCUGGACCGGUGUAUCGCGGCGCACAAGAACCCCGAUCGCCAGAACCUAUUCUGCAUCAUUCAAGGCGGACUUGACCUCGAGAUGCGGCGGGAAUGCACCCGAGAGAUGCUGGCGCGAGACACGCCCGGCAUCGCCAUCGGCGGACUCAGCGGAGGCGAGGCCAAGGCGGACUACUGUCGUGUUGUCGCGACGUGUACGGCCCUGCUCCCAGACCUCAAGCCGCGAUACGUCAUGGGCAUUGGCUAUCCCGAGGACCUGGUGGUGAGCGUCGCCCUGGGAGCGGACAUGUUCGACUGCGUGUGGCCCACGCGGACGGCGCGGUUCGGCAACGCCGUUACCAAGAUGGGCGUGCUCAACAUCCGCAACUCGAAGUACGCAAACGACUUUGGCCCGAUCGAGCCGGGCUGCGGGUGCAUGUGCUGCCGGACGGGAGAUGGUGGCAUGGGCAUCACACGGGCUUAUGUGCACCACAACGCGUCCAAGGAGACGGUUGCGGCGCACCUGCUGACGAUACACAACGUGUGGUACCAGCUCAACCUCAUGAGGGAGGUGCGGCAGUCCAUCAUCGAGGACAGGUUCCCGGCGUACAUACGCGACUUCUUUGCGGGGCUGUACGAGAGCAAGACGGAAUACCCUGCAUGGGCGGUCGAGGCAUUGCAAGGCGUUGGCGUGGACUUGACGGUAGACGCAUAG